AUGUGCAAGCGGCACCGCAACACGAUCUACAGGAGCAGAGUACACAAGACGCAAGAAGAGGAACGCAGGCCCUGGGGGGGGGAGGGGUCGGCGGCGCACCCUGCCGGGUGAGGCUCCCGGGCCGAGGAUAGUGUUGAAGGUUCAGUUCCUGUUACAAAGCAGAGAACAGGAUCCAUUGGAGAUCGCCCAGCAAGACCUACUCUUUUAGAACAAGUACUGAAUAAAAAAAGGCUGUCCCUACUCAGAAGCCCAGAAGUAGUGCAGUUUCUACAGAAACAACAGCAACUGUUAAGUCAACAAGCUUUGGAACAAAGGCAACAACAGUUUCAAGGAGCCCCUGGGUAAUGAGAACAGAUCAAUGACCUUCAGAUCAGUCUGGUGCUGAAGGAGGGAUAGGAUCUGUAUUUUGUAUAAAUACAAAGAAUCUCAAUGUUUAAAGGAAAAUGAAAGUU